CAGCACCGGGACCGGUCCACAUCCCGCGGUGACGCCGGAGGCUGCACGAGAUGAGGACGCUGGCACUGAGCCUGGGGCUGGCCCUGCUCUGCUUGCUGCAUGCAAAGGCUGCUGCCACAGUGCCGGACAGGAGCGAGAUUGCAGGGAAAUGGUAUGUUGUUGCUCUGGCCUCCAACACCGAGUUCUUCCUGCGUGAGAAGGACAAGAUGAAGAUGGCAAUGGCCAGAAUCUCUUUCCUAGGAGAGGACGAGCUGAAGGUCUCCUAUGCAGUCCCCAAACCAAAUGGGUGCAGAAAAUGGGAGACAACCUUCAAGAAGACCAGUGAUGAUGGUGAAGUCUACUACUCAGAGGAAGCCGAGAAAAAGGUGGAGGUGCUGGACACUGACUACAAGAGCUAUGCAGUAAUCUAUGCAACUAGGGUGAAGGAUGGAAGGACCCGGCACAUGAUGAGGCUCUACAGCAGAAGCCCUGAGGUGAGCCCUGCAGCCACAGCGAUCUUCAGGAAGCUUGCUGGGGAGCGGAACUACACGGAUGAGAUGGUCGCCAUGCUGCCCAGACAGGAGGAAUGCACCGUUGAUGAAGUGUAGGAUGGAUGGUGCUGAUGGAUGCUGCUUCCCAGACAAAGCAAGACUAAUGUGCCAAAGCUCCAGGCUGCUGCUCUGCCACCCAUAUCAUGGCUCUGAGGCAUCUCCUGCUUCACCAGCACGGUCCGUCCUUUUUGCUUAAAUAAACAGAAACUUUCCCAAGG